CGGUCGCUGUGUGUAUGUCGCAUACUAAGUAAUGGUGUGCAUGUUGUAUACGUGUUGUCACAUCGCUUGAAAAUCGUGUCUACCGCUGUUGCUGUUUUUAUUCGCAUUAUUCAUCCGCAGAAUAUAUAAAAAUAUAAUAAAAUUUUGAAGCAUGGCUGCUAAUACUGAAGAAAAGGAAGUUGAAAAGACCAUUUCGGAGGAUUUGGUUGUCACGAAAUAUAAACUAGCUGGCGAAAUUGUAAAUAGAACAUUGAAGACGCUGUUAGGUUUAGUUGCUCCAGAAAAAUCGGUCAAAGAAAUUUGCGAAAAAGGUGACCAACUUUUGUUGGAAGAAACCUCAAAGGUAUUCAAGAAGGAAAAAGAAAUAAAAAAAGGAAUCGCUUUCCCAACAUGUCUAUCGGUGAAUAAUUGCAUUUGCCAUUUCUCGCCAACGAAAAAUGACCCUGAUUAUCUAUUGAAAGAGGGUGAUGUUGUUAAAAUUGAUCUUGGUGCACACAUCGAUGGUUUCAUUGCUGUUGCUGCACAUACAGUGGUUGCCAAAUCGGAUGCUGCAUCCAAAGUUAGUGGCCGUCAGGCUGACGUCAUUUUAGCCACAUAUUGGGCCAGCCAAGCCGCAUUGCGACUUCUUAAACCAGGCACGGGUAAUUAUGCAAUUACUGAAGCUGUUCAGAAAAUUGCUAGUGAAUACAAAUGCAAACCAAUCGAAGGUAUGUUGAGUCAUCAAUUGAAGCAAUUUAAAAUCGAUGGCGAAAAAACCAUUAUCCAGAAUCCGAAUGAGGCACAACGUAAAGAGCAUGAAAAAUGUGAAUUUGCAUUGCACGAAGUGUAUGCCAUUGAUGUAUUAAUCAGUACCGGUGAAGGUGUUGGCCGCGAAAAGGAUACGAAAGUAUCAAUUUUCAAGAAAACUGACGAAAACUAUCAACUUAAAUUGAAAGCAUCGCGAGCAUUAAUCACCGAGGUACGAAACAAGCAUGGAAAUAUGCCAUUCAAUUUGCGACACUUCGAAGAAGAAACAAAGGCCCGUAUGGGUGUUGUUGAGUGCAUAUCGCAUAAGAUGAUCGAACCUUUCCAAGUUCUCUAUGAAAAGCCAAGCGAAAUCGUUGCGCAAUUCAAAUUUACAGUGUUGUUGAUGCCAUCGGGCCUAAAUCUCGUUACUGGACUACCAUUCGAUGUAAAUCAAUACGAAAGCGAAAAUAAUAUUCUUGACGCCGAAAUGAAAGAUUUAGUUUUGUCUGAAAUUCCAAACAAAAGUGCAAAACACAAAGCAAAGAGCAAGGCAGCUAAAGGGGCAGCAAGCAAUACCACAACAGCAACACCGGCUACUAAGGAGCCCGCCGCCAAAUAAAUUGCUUCACACCAUUGACUCUCAUAUUGAUUUUUGUUUGUAGCAAGAGAUUGAUGAUGAUACUAAAACGAUUUUCUGGCGAUAAAAAUAAACCACCAAAAUAAAACACAUGGC